AUGUCACUGAUGUGGAGUUUGGGUCUGUUGUGCUUACUCACUGGCGCAUCAUAUGCGACUGAGGUCUGCUAUGAUGAGCUGGGUUGCUUCAAUGACCAUCCUCCCUGGUCUGGCACUGACCAGAGACCAGUUUCUGCCCUGCCCUGGAGCCCCACGGAGCUUGGCACCCGCUUCCUCCUCUUCACCGGGAAGAAUAGCUACUACCAGGAGAUCAAGGCUGACCAAACUAUCGACAUAUCCAACUACAGCGGCAGGUAUAAAACUCGAUUCGUCAUUCCUGGUUAUUUGGUGAAAAAAGAUGAGGACUGGCCGCAGGAGAUGUGUAAGGCGAUGGUGAAAAAGGAAAAUGGGAACUGCAUUGCUGUGGAGUGGAAAAAAGGACUGAAGACUAAGUAUGCUCAGGCGGCCAAUAAUGCCAGGCUGUUGGCUGCCCAGGUGGCAUCCAUGAUCACAUUCCUCAUGGGACACUACAAGCAGAACGCUGAUAAGUUCCACCUGAUCGGACACAGUCUGGGAGCUCAUGCUGCAGGGGAGGUUGGAAGCAGAAUCCCUGGACUGGCACGAAUCACUGGACUGGACCCGUCUGAACCUUACUUUCAACACACUGACAAUUCUGUGCGUCUCGACACCAGUGACGCCACUUUUGUGGAUGUUAUUCACACUGAUGCACUUCCCUUCCACUCCAAACUUGGAUUGGGGAUGCCAGAGUCUGUUGGUCAUAUUGACUUUUACCCCAACGGAGGAGAACUGAUGCCCGGCUGCUCUGCCAACAAAGGCAAGCCCACUGAGCUUGAUGCUAUCUGGGAGGGCACUUCAAACUUUGAUGCCUGCAACCAUGCCCGAGCCUAUCAGUACUACACUGAGAGCAUUUCUGAAUCAGAAAGCUUUGUCGGAUUCCCCUGCUCUGACCAGGACAGUUUUGCUGCUGGAAAGUGUUUUCCAUGUGCAGAUAGCCAGUGUCCUCUGAUGGGCCACUACGCUGACAAGUUCACUGUGAUUGAUGGCAUUUCAAAGACGAAGUACUUCCUCAGCACAGGCCGUUCAAAGCCCUUUGGCCGUUACAGCUACAAAGUCACAUUAACCCUCGAAGGUCCCAGCUGGCCAAACCCAGGACUCAUGUUUGUGGCACUUACCGGAGGCAAGGUCACAACCAAGGAGGUCCAGCUUCAUUUGGGUAUGCUGAAUCCUGGGCGGACGUACGAGAUGCUGCUUGAUGCUAACAAGUACUUGCGUGAAGUGACGGAGGUGAAGUUUCGGUGGAACAACCACAUUCUGAAUCCCAUGAAACCUAAGUACGGUGCAACCAAGGUGGAGCUGCAGAGGGGAAAAGAUGGCAAAAUGUUCCUCUUCUGUGGAACACAAACUGUGAAAGAGAAUGAGAUCCAGUCAGUGCUUCCAUGCCAAGCUUAACCAGCCACAAUCAUGAGCUGGCUCAGGGUCUUUCAAUAAAGAUUCUGCAUUCUC